GUGACCCACGCCGAGCUGUGCCCACAACAGCCAGAGGGCUCAGCAGCGCAGGACCUUGUGCCCUGCUCCCCCCACCAGAGAGCACCAAAAUGGGGCAGAGCUGUGGCGAGCAGCUCCGUCUCACCCUCGCCCUCCUACUCCUGAAUCUGGGAUCUGCUGUGACUACAGAUGCCCCUCACAAGUGCUAUGGGGCUCCUGGCCUUCCAGGCAUGCCGGGUGUGCCAGGCAAGGAUGGCCGGGAUGGGCUGAAGGGAGCCAAAGGCGAGCCAGGCAUCCCAGCCACUCCUACAACACGAGGGCCCAAGGGCAUGAAAGGGGAAUCAGGUACCCCUGGCUUCCCAGGCAAGACUGGCCCCAUGGGUCCCCCUGGUCCCCCUGGAGACCCUGGGGUGAUGGGCAUGGCUGGAGAGCCAGGUAUGCCAGGCAGCUACAAGCAGAAGCACCAGUCAGCAUUCUCAGUGAUGAGGCAGACCAGCGAGCACCCCUUGAAGAACGUCCCUGUGGUGUUCAACCAUGUCAUCACCAACACCAACAACGACUAUAACACCACCACGGGCAAGUUCACCUGCAAGCUCCCCGGCCUCUACUACUUCGUCUUCCACAGCUCGCAGACAGCCAACCUCUGCGUCAUCCUGUACAAGAACGAGAGCAAGAUGGCCAGCUUCUGCGACCACAAGACAAACACCAUGCAGGUCAGCUCCGGUGGGAUCCUCCUCCACCUGGGGGCUGGGAACCAGGUCUGGCUGGGGGUGAAUGACUACAACGGCAUGGUGGGCAUCGGCAACUCCAACAGCGUAUUCUCAGGGUUCCUGCUCUUCCCGGACUAGAGGACAACCAGAGCCCACCCCAGCACGCCAACCUCUUCACCCUGCCCUGCAAAAGCUGCUGCUCACCACCAGCUGAUGCUCCAGGUUUCUCUGCUGGAUGGGAAGCCCCAGUGAGGGGGUCAGCCCAGCUCCCAGACACA